AUAUUGAGCUGCAGAAUGCGGAGGAUAAUAUUGAACUUAUCGAGUUAAUCCUCCCCGGUCGUCGACUCAGAAUUCGAUCACAGAGUAAAAACUUCUUUCGGGAAGAAUUCCCUCAGCCUCUGUAAGAGUGUCUCUUUGACAUGCUUGCCGCUCCUGAAGUUCUUCGUACCCAAAAGUACCGUUGAGGGCGAAGCACUCUCAUUUGUCGUUUAUAGGAAAAAGUGGUAUUCUAAAGUCAUUCCGGUCGCUAAGUUCGUCCGAGUCAAAGUCGAUGAUGUACUGUCUAAUUCGCUGGAGCAGAAGUUUCAGCUAGUACACAACAAUUUGGCCAUCACCAUUGGACUCUCACCAAGCAGCACUCAGAAUGUAAUGCCCGUUCACGAUGAUUCCGCGCCUCUGAACACUGGUGUCCUGCGUCCUACUACUGAAGACCUCCUGAAGGAGUGCCCUCGUUUUCGGGUAUUGGUAAUCGGGCAGUCCGGUGUUGGGAAAUCUACACUGAUUAGCCAAACCUUUGGAGUCAAGCAGGCAGUCGCUGAAGAUGACGAGCCCGGAGAAGCUGAUAUUGGGAAAGAACUCAUCUUGCUGCAGAACGACCGGUUUGUCUUACAUGACAGCAAGGGUUUUGAACCUGCGGAACACAACAAUUAUAGCAGUGUGAAGACGUUCGUAGAGAAUCGUAAACAUCAGCCAAACAUCAAAGAUCAAUUGCAUGCAGUCUGGCUGUGCUUCCGAACACCCCUCGUAUCUCACGGGGAAUGCCUUAUGGAACGAAGCGCGGAGAGGUUCUUGCGGGAAGAUAUAGGUGUCAUUGGGGACAUUCCGACCAUAGUGGUAUUCACGAAAUACGAUAGGCUUCUGGUCAGCUUGCAACUUCAGAGAGUUUCCAACCCUGGCUCAGCUGCAGAAGAGUACUUGGAAAAGCAUUGCAUCAAGCCUAUCCAAGAGUUCACCGGAAACCCAGGUCUAACACAUCUCACAGUUAGCUGUGAGGACGGCGAGCAUAGACAAGGGCUUGAAAAAUUGAUUGAGCUCACCUAUGAGAAAGUCAAUGCGGCUUUUGGGUCUCAGCUGGGCAUACCAUCCCCAGUUUCGGUCGUGACCCAAAUGGCACAGAGAGUCUCGCCAAGGUUGAAGGUCGAGGGAUCGAUAGCUGUUGGCAAGCAGAGAUAUUGGAGGGCAUUGACUUCUGGUGCUAAUUUUUGGGAUCAUACGAUUCUUGAAUGCCUCUCCGUUAUUCAUACUGACAUCGUGUCUGUCUGGAAUUUCAAUGACCCAUCUCAAUAUCUCUAUAGCACUGAAUUUCGAGAACUGAUGAUGAACCUGGUGGGGACCAUUGACUCGUCGGCGCCCCGUCUCCCUCGUACUGACGGUACCAGCAAAAUAUGCGAGUCAGGGGCUUCCUUGCUUACUCUGCCGUUUAAAGCGGGACUGGGCCUCGUACAAUGGGUUCAUGAAGCAUAUCGGCGACUGUGGGUGACAUGAUUUCAGCAUUUCCUGCGAGUAACUCUCCUUAGACCGGACGUGCAUCGUAAGUUCAUGGCUUACUGUUGUCGAUCUGGUGCACGUCUUGGAGAUAUUGCUCGCACUCACCGCAAACAACAACGAAAAGAAGCUUUCCCGUGGAGCCAUUAGUUUGGCUUUCAAUGCAUACUAUCCGUCGGCAAUACAGUGCGACGCUCACCAGAAGAUCAAGAGUCGAAACUAUAUAAUCCCGGGUCGCGACGCCGUUCUCGACGAGAU